AUGGCGCCGGACAUAGAGGCUCAAACUAAUAAGAAGAACACAGACACGGAAUCCCCAGGCAUCUUUAUGAAAGCCAAUCGGCCUGUUACGUUGAAGUUUGAGGACGUUGUUUACAAGAUCAAGACUAAGAAAAGGGUAUUGCUUGACAGAAAAGCAAAGUCUGAGGAGAAAGUGAUCUUGAAUCGAAUCACAGGCGUGGUUGAACCGGGGGAAGUGUUGGCCAUGCUAGGCCCAUCAGGCAGCGGCAAAACCACACUGCUGACCGCGCUGGGAGGCCGCCUUGGCGGGUGGCUCGGCGGAAGAAUAACCUACAAUGGCAGGCCGUUUUCGAACGCGAUGAAGCGAAACACGGGUUUUGUUAGCCAAGACGAUCUGCUCCACCCCCACUUGACGGUGACCGAAACUCUAGUAUUCACUUCUCUUCUCCGAUUGCCGAAUAGUUUCACGAAAGAAGAGAAAGUGGAGCAUGCCGAAGCUGUGAUAACUCAACUUGGGCUAACAAAGUGCAAGAAUAGCAUCAUUGGAGGAAGCUUCCUGAGGGGGGUUUCUGGGGGGGAGAGAAAGAGGGUUAGUAUUGGACAAGAAAUGCUCAUAAAUCCUAGCCUGCUGUUUUUGGACGAGCCCACAUCGGGUCUUGACUCGACGACUGCUCAGAGAAUUGUGUCUACAUUGUGGGAGUUAGCAAAUGGAGGAAGAACAGUUGUUAUGACGAUACACCAGCCUUCAAGCAGGCUGUUUUACAUGUUUCAUAAGGUUUUACUGCUAUCUGAAGGCAACCCUUUGUAUUUUGGGAAAGGAUCAGGAGCCAUGGAGUACUUUUCAAGUGUCGGAUAUUCCCCGUUGGUUGCCAUGAAUCCUGCAGAUUUUCUCUUAGAUCUUGCAAAUGGUGAGUCAUCGGAUGAUCAUAAGCAUGAGGAUCAAAUCCUGGUUAAGCAGACUUUAGUAUCCGCCUACAAAUGCAAUCUUGCUGACAAAUUGAAGGCCGAGCUUCAAGAGAUUAACAGCAAUCAAUUUCAAGAUGGAUGUGAGGAUAAGCAAUUUGGGAGAUGGUCCACAACUUGGUGGCAGCAAUUCUCUGUGUUGUUUAAAAGAGGGGUCAAAGAAAGAAGACACGAGUCAUUCUCUGGCCUCAAGAUAGGUGAGGUUCUGGUGGUGGCAUUUCUUGCGGGACUACUAUGGUGGCAAUCUGAUGCUUCCCACCUUCAAGAUCAGAUUGGGCUGCUUUUCUUCCUAACAGGAUUUUGGGGCUUCUUCGCUCUGUUUGAAGCUAUUUUCACCUUCCCCGAGGAGCGUAUGAUGCUCAAUAAGGAACGAUCUUCAGGCAUGUACAGGCUCUCAUCAUACUUCUUAUCAAGGAGCGUUGUUGACCUCCCCAUGGAGCUUAUCCUUCCCACCGUUUUUGUCAUCAUUACCUACUGGAUGGCAGGCCUGAAGCCGACGGCCGGCCACUUUCUUCACACCUUGUUUGUCCUCCUAUACAGCGUGCUGGUUUCACAAGGCUUAGGUCUUGCCAUUGGCGCUAUGGUAAUGGAUCAAAAAUCUGCCACCACGCUUGGAACAGUCAUCAUGUUGACAUUUCUUCUCGCCGGUGGAUUCUACGUUCAACAUGUUCCUCCCUUCAUAGCAUGGAUCAAAUACAUCUCUCUUAGCCAGUACGCUUACAAGCUCUUGAUAGGUUCUCAAUACAAGCCGGACGACACGUAUCCCUGUGCCGGUGCCGGCGGCCUUUGUUUGAUUGGGGAGUAUCCAGCUAUAAAGCAAGUGGGGCUCGAUGGGCAAGCCAUCGGAGUUGUUGCUUUGGCUAUAAUGCUCGUGGGUUACCGGCUCAUCGCUUAUAUUGCCCUCAUGAGGAUUGGCGUGACAAAGAAAGUAUCGUAG